CAUGAACCGACGGGGGAGAUUGAAUCGUACAACGGGGCUGCGCCCAAUGGAAGGAGCUGUUGACCAACUAGAGCAAAUUUGGCGGUGAGAAGGGCACGUCCCAGAAUUUCCAUUGAAAAAGGCCUGCAAACAAAACCCCGUCUUCUCUUGACUCGGUGAUAGACUGCUAGUGUCAUCGUUGUCCGCCUUCGACACAACAUCUGCAGCGCGUUUGAAGAGGAGGAUUGAUAACACUGUCGCCCCCGUCAUACGGUGUUGCCCUCCUGCAAGGCACAGUGCCCCCAUUCGAUCGGGCCCUCAAACCACCAUUUGCCGCGGCCCCCUUGAAUCCCCCCAACCAAUACGCCAUGGACGUCCUUGCAAAUGCCACCAGCUUCGCCUCACCUCUCGCCAACGCCGACCUGAAGGUUCAGGCCGCCCAUGCCUCUGGCGUCUUGGGCAGGGUGUGGGCGCAGCUGAAUCUUUGGACCGUGCUUUUGACAAUUAUUCUACUAUUGGCUACCUACGAUCAAUGCAGCUAUCAAUGGCGGAAGCAUGGCAUCGUUGGCCCAGCGUGGAAAAUGCCCUUCAUGGGCCCCUUCCUCGAAUCGAUGCGACCCGACUUUAGGAAAUACAAGGAGAAAUGGGAGAGCGCGGAGCUGAGUUGUGUGUCGGUUUUCCACAAAUUCGUUGUCAUUGCGGGAACCCGGGACAUGGCGCGCAAAGUCUUCAAUUCGCCAGGCUUCGUGAAACCCACCGUCGUCGAUGUCGCCCCGAAACUCCUUCGUCCUACCAACUGGGUGUUUUUGGACGGAAAAGCCCAUGUCGAGUACCGCAAGGGAUUGAAUGGGCUGUUCACACGUCAAGCGUUGGAGAUGUAUUUGCCCGGUCAAGAGGAGGUCUACAGCAAGUAUUUCAAGAACUUUCUCGACAUGUCCAAGGAAAACAACAUGACAGCCAAGCCCUGGAUGCCCGUAUUCCGAGAACUCAUGUGCGCCGUGUCCUGCAGAACCUUUGUUGGACACUACAUGAGCGAUAAAGUGGUCAAGAAGAUUGCCCACGACUACUACUUGAUCACCGCCGCGCUGGAGCUUGUCAACUUCCCCAUCAUCAUCCCUUUCACCAAGACCUGGUACGGAAAGAAAGCGGCAGACAUGGUGUUGGAGGAGUUUGCAAAGUGUGCGACCAAGUCCAAAGUGCGAAUGGCUGCCGGCGGCAACAUCACAUGCAUCCUGGACGCGUGGGUCAAGCAGAUCCAGGAUUCCGCCAAAUACCGAGAGCGCAUUGAAAGAGGCGAAAAAGUGGACCAGUCCGAGAAACCACCUCAGUUACUUCGAGACUUUACCGAUUUCGAGAUUGCCCAAACCGUCUUCACCUUCCUCUUUGCUUCGCAAGACGCCACCUCGAGUGCUUGUACGUGGUUGUUCCAGAUCAUGGCUGAUCGACCGGAGAUCCUGGACAAGGUCAGAGAGGAAAAUCUCCAGCUUCGAGGCGGCGACCGCAACAAGCCCUUCGACAUGGAUAUGCUGGAAUCGAUGGUUUGGACGAGAGCGGUGGUCAAAGAAACGUUGCGCUAUCGUCCUCCAGUCAUUUUGGUGCCCUAUGUUGCUAAGAAAGAUUUCCCCGUGACUGAAGAUUACACGCUCAAGAAAGGCUCGAUGAUCAUUCCCUCGAUCUGGCCAGCAACCCAUGAUCCUGAAGCAUAUCCCAACCCGGACAGCUUCGAACCCGAGCGAUGGAUUACCGGGGAUGCCGACAAGCAGGUGAAGAACUGGUUGGUCUUUGGCACCGGGCCCCAUUAUUGCCUGGGACAGACAUACGCUCAGUUGAACCUGAUGGCAAUGAUUGGAAAAGCCAGCAUCUUGUUGGACUGGGUGCAUGAGCCCACCCCCAUCAGCGAGGAUAUUGAGGUCUUUGCGACCAUUUUCCCUCAAGAUCAUUGCAAGCUGGUCUUUUCCGAGCGGCCAUAAAGUGUCGAUUUGUUGAUGUUUUGCGUUUCAGCGAUAGACUUUGUUGCUCGGGCAGGUCAACGUCGUAAAUCCUGUACAUAUGCAGCCGGCGAGGUUUCCACAGCCAGCAGCAGAAACUCACGGCCUUGGUGAUGUGGGUUCUCGGUCUGUCUACUUUCUCUUUGGCUGCAACGGUCGAGAGAUAGCGGUUUUGAAUAAGGGCUGCUCCCAGGCCCGAGGCCCCAAGUGUGUGGGGAGUCUUAAAUGCCAGAGAAAAGCAUAGGCAGUUGUACAUAGUUAGGCCGGAAUGUGAGCGAGCUUGGAUAGGCCCCGUUCUAAGGAGCGGUUGAAGACGGGCCAUGUCGAUGGGUUCGCACAGAUGCUAAUAGACGAAUUAAGGCCAUCCAGAUUUGCUUCCUUGGAUUUUGAUUGAACCAUUCAGAUGUGU